CUGCUGGUCAUAUGAGUCCUGCCACAGGAUUUCAUGUGGGCUCCUCCUCUAUAGUCACCCUGGGUAGCUGGCGCUGGUGCUGUUCACCUGCAAGAACUCGCUUGGUCAGGCCUCUCGUGUAGACCACCACACGCUUCUUCCUUUCUUACACCCUCCGAGGUUUGUUGCUCAACAAGGAACGGCAGGUCCAUAUAAGACAAUGGCAUCAAAACGCAAGGCCUCGGCCAUGGCAAAUGCUGCCAAUGAGGAGCCUGUCGAUCCGUCGGACGAGCUGAAGUUCAUCUGCCUAGGAGGUGGAAACGAGGUCGGCCGGUCAUGUCACAUCAUACAGUAUAAGGGCAAAACAGUAAUGCUUGAUGCCGGCCAGCAUCCAGCCUACGACGGACUCGCUGCCCUGCCCUUCUUUGAUGAUUUCGAUCUGAGCACCGUUGACGUACUCCUCAUCAGCCAUGCGUCAUCAAUCGUGUAUUGCCAUACUGUCUGUCUCUCAAAGCAGCCACCUGCCGCCCCCCACAGCUUCCACGUGGACCAUGCUGCCUCUCUGCCAUACGUCUUAGCCAAGACCAACUUCAAGGGUCGCGUCUUCAUGACACACCCCACCAAGGCCAUCUACAGAUGGCUCAUCCAAGACAGUGUUCGCGUCGGCAAUACCUCUUCGAACCCGACCUCGCAACCUGUGUAUACGGAGCAGGACCAUCUCAACACCUUCCCACAGAUCGAGGCCAUCGAUUACUACACGACCCACACCAUAUCGUCUAUUCGAAUCACACCCUACCCGGCAGGUCACGUUCUCGGUGCUGCCAUGUUCCUGAUCGAGAUCGCAGGGCUGAACCUCUUCUUCACGGGCGACUACUCUCGAGAACAGGAUCGUCACCUGGUGUCGGCACAAGUACCACGCGGGGUCAAGAUCGAUGUCCUGAUCACAGAGUCCACGUAUGGUGUCGCCUCACACGUCCCACGUCUCGAACGAGAACAGGCAUUGAUGAAGUCCAUCACGGGCAUUCUCAACCGCGGCGGUCGAGCUCUGCUCCCGGUGUUCGCGCUGGGCAGGGCUCAGGAGCUCUUGCUCAUCCUGGAUGAGUACUGGGCAAAGCACGCAGAGUUUCAGAAGGUCCCGAUCUACUAUGCAAGCAAUCUGGCUAGGAAAUGUAUGCUGGUAUACCAGACCUAUAUCGGUGCCAUGAACGACAACAUCAAGCGGUUAUUCAAAGAGCGCAUGGCCGAGGCAGAAGCCACUGGCGACGGUGCUGGCAAGGGAGGGCCGUGGGACUUCAAGUACAUUCGCUCGCUGAAAAGUCUCGACAGAUUUGAUGACAUCGGCAGCUGCGUCAUGCUGGCUAGCCCUGGUAUGCUGCAGAGCGGUGUCAGCCGAGAACUCCUGGAGCGAUGGGCACCAAGCGACAAGAACGGUGUCAUCAUCACCGGCUACAGUGUGGAGGGUACUAUGGCCAGGCAGAUUAUGCAAGAGCCAGAGCAGAUCCAGGCUGUCGUGAGCAGGAGUGCAGCGAGCGCUCGCAGGGCCCCUGGGGGUGAGACUGAAAAGGUCAUGAUACCAAGGAGGUGUAGUGUACAAGAAUACUCGUUUGCCGCCCAUGUGGAUGGCAAUGAGAACAGAGAGUUCAUCGAGGAGGUGGCUGCUCCAGUUGUGAUUCUCGUUCAUGGUGAACAACAUAACAUGAUGCGCCUGAAAUCAAAGCUGCUGUCGCUCAAUUCAAACAAGACUGUCAAGGUCAAGGUCUACAGCCCCAAGAACUGCGAGGAGCUUCGCAUCCCUUUCAAGCAAGACAAGAUUGCAAAGGUUGUCGGCAAACUUGCCUCCAUACCGCCACCCUCUCAUCUACCUACGCCAGAGGAUGAUACGCAGCUCAUCACGGGCGUCCUUGUACAGAACGAUUUCAAACUUUCAUUGAUGGCACCAGAGGAUCUCCGAGAAUACGCCGGUCUCACGACCACCACAAUGAUCUGCAAGCAACGUAUCCGCCUCUCCGCCGCAGGCAUCGACCUGAUCAAGUGGGGCCUCGAAGGAACCUUUGGCAAGAUCGAGGAGCUUCCAGAGAUGCAAGAGAAGCCCGAGGGCGAGGGAGAUGGCGAAACGAAUGGCGAUGCGGAGCCCGCCGAAGAGGAGGUGGACAAGAUCGUCGCCGCGUACCGCAUCAUGAGCUGCGUGACCAUGCGUUACUACAGCAACGGCGAGGUCACAAUCGAGUGGGAGGGCAACCUGCUCAACGACAGCAUCGCCGACAGCGUCCUCACCGUGCUCUACAGCGUCGAGUGCAGCCCCGCGGCGGUCAAGCGGUCCGCACAAAACAGCAAGCACGAGCAUGGCCACAGCCACGGCGGUGACGAAAGCGACGAGGACGGCUUCAAGCUGCCCGCACGCAACCUCCACGCCAACAUCACCCCCGAGGAGCGGCUGGAGCGCCUCUUCCUGUUCCUCGAGGCUCAAUUCGGUGCGGACAACGUCUCGCCCAUCGCGGAGCCCAAGCUGCCUGCCAUGCCUGAGCAGCAGGCCAAGAUUGAAAACGGAGCGGCGGGCAAAGACGAGGAUGCCAAGAUGGAGGGCGACGGCGACGGAAGCGAUGACGAGAAGGACGACGAGGACGAUGCACAGCUUGAGGCGCGCAAGAAGGCCGAGCUCGAGCGCCUGCAUCGCAUCGGCAUCCCCGUCCCCGGAGUCGCCAUCAAGGUCGACAAGAUGACCGCCAAGAUCUGGCUGGAGGACCUGGAGGUCGAGUGCAACCACAAGGCCUUUGGUGAUCGCGUGCGCAGCGUCGUCGAGCGGGCGGUGGAAACUAUCGCGCCGCUGACUGACUAA